AUGGGGGAAGUGGAGGGUUCAUACCGGGUCCUGCCCACUCCUGGUACCAGACUCGGAGCCCAGUUCAAUGCUGGGAUCAGCACACUGGAGCCUGGGCAGAGCCUCAGUGCCAACAUGGUCAGUGGGAACCGCAACCAUGGAAGAGGACUCCAGAUCCGUGUGCAAGGGCUAGAUGAAACUCAGGAGUUCUUUGACAUUGAUCAAAUGCAGACAUGGUGCCGAUAG